GGCCUUUCCUUUGCCUGUCAGACAAGGGAAUUAAUCAAGCGUAGCAAUAUCUCUUGCUAUCCACACGCUCAUAACAGAUUUGGGUUUUGUUGGGGAGAGGUUUGUUUACGAUUUCUAGAGAUUGGUUUAUACAAGAGUGGAGAAAACAGAUCAUAAAUUUUCAACAAGCUUGUUUCAUCUAUCAGUUGAUUAAAAGCUAUUAAAAAAAUUAAUAAAAAACAGUGCAAUUCUAACAUCGGUUAAAGAAGGAAAAGGUCAGCAGUAAGAGAAGGAACUGAAGUGUGUUGGCUAAUACUGCAAGGUUUACAGCGACCUAGCAAUGAAUGGCCCAGUGGUAGACAUAACGACAACAGUACUUUCUUGUACCUCAGUUUGUUUAAACAAUGGUGAAUGCAGUGCUGAUGGAACUUGCAGUUGUCUACCAGGAUACUAUGGAGAAUUUUGCCAAAGUAUAGGUUAUAAUGGGUAUUCAACAAUUGGGGCUAUAGCUGGCGCUGUCAUCUGUAUAGUAUUCCUUCUUCUUUUAACAUGCAUGGCAUUUGCAGCGCACAUACGUGGACCACCAAAUGGAGAAUCACGAUUAACUCGUUUAGUUAGUGUAGAGGCUCGUGGAAGUUCCUUUGAUGAAAAUUCUGUUUUUGCCCGGAAUGAUUUCCCUCCCGAAUAUGCAGAUGUUGUGAGUACCGGUAGGGGACGUCGUUUAAGUAGUCUGAGACUCGGAGGUCGUGGGAACUCGAUCGAUGAGACCGAGCCAAGAUCUCCCCCGCCUAUGUAUGAAAUUGUUAUAUUUGGCAAAAAGCGGAAGUUCUCUUUCCGACGUGGAUCAAAGUCUCGAAAGGCCUCGGAAAUAGCUGAACCUACUGUGGAUAAUAAAGACUGUAUCAUUGAAGAGGUAAAUGAAAAAAUUGGCGAUGAUUCAGUUUUUUCAGCCGAAGAUACGACCAACGUAACAGGGAAUACUGGCGAGAGAAACCAAGAAAAUCUGACCAAUCAGGAAACUGGGAAUACAGCUGCUCCAGAUUUAACACAGAGGUCAUGUCAGGGGUCAGGUGAAACUAAUUUAGAGAAAAAUUUACAAGAACAAUCUGUUGAUUAUGAGAAAGAAAUAAAUGCAAAAUUAGGAGAAGUUAUUGUUGAUACGUGCAUUGUAGAAAAUGUAACUGAGAUCAAUGAACCUCAACGGCAUAGGCAAAAGCAAGAAGAUGAGGCUGAGCAUAAAAGACAAAUUACCAUUGCAACAUCGUGAUAAAAUGCCUGCCUAAUACCGCGCAUCGCUUAUAUAUUUAUACAUAGGCUAUUAAAUAAGUUUAACAUGGAUCUAUUUUAGAUUCAAUUUAUAUGACUAAGUAAUUUUUAUAAGAAUAUUUAUACAAAAAUACAAAACAAACUUUUAAAAAAAUUGUUUUGUAAAUGUUGUUGAACAUAUUAUUUUUAAUUUGUGUGUGGAUUUGUAUACUCUACAUUGGUUACUGGUUAUUUUUAUUAAAAUAAUAGGGUAUUUUGUUUUACCUGUUUUGUUGAUAAAGGCCAAGCUUGUGACAGUCGUACAUAAAUGUUGUGUCUACUUCAAGAGGUUUUGCAGGAUGAAUAUAUUAUAAGUUCCCACCAUAGUAUUUAGUGACCGUUUGCAGUCGUUUGUGGCAUGUGAUGAUUCUCUGUCGUUGAGUCAUUCCAUUUUCCCCUUUUUUCAUAAACAAUAGCGAUUCAUUAACAAUGGUAUUCCAUCAUUUCAGUUACCCUUGACCUAAUAUUAAAAUGAAAAAAAAAAAACUUAAGAUAAAAUAUAAUAGUCAGCUUCAUUAAAUAGUUCUGAGCCUUUUUUUUUGGAAAAAAUUGUUGGUAAGUUCAUUCUCGACAUUCUAAGAAUGGAAGGGUAUUUAUUUUAAUUUUACAUUACUGUCAUUCUGUUCAUUAGCUGGGCUCUGCUUCACGACCAUCGGCUGACAGAUCCAUCAUGGUUAUGCGUGAGUGUUUGACGAUGCCACAUUAUCUGUGUCUCAAAACGGGCUGAUACAGUGCAUGCCUAUCCUUUUUUCCCUUUGUUAAUGCAUAGAUUUUUUUCAUAAGCUUUAUAUUGGUUUUUAACAUACAUGAAUACUGGACAAAUAUUUUGUUAUCAAGAUUUUUUUUAUGAUAAAAGAAUAUUUAAGUGUGUGGUUGUGUAAAAUAGAUUAUUGUAAAUCCUAAGUGAGGCUUUUGCCUAGGAGUUUUUGUUAAUGAAUUGCAAUUUUCAAAUUUGUACACUUUUCAAGAACUUUUCUAAUGGGGUUUAAGAUGGGUUUUCUGUUAUAAAUAUAGAAGAAAUGUAUAUGCUUAUAUGUAUUUAUUUGCAAUAUUUCAGUUGAUAUGAAUUAAAUCCUUUACUUCAUGAUUUGUAAAGUAUAUACAUUUAUUUUUCCAUUCUGUCUUAAGUACUUUUUAUACUAUGAUUAUUACUUUUCUUAACUUUUUUUUUUGUUCCUUGAAAAUGACAAAACAUCAUAAAAAAUAAUUUUGAAAUUAUCUUGCUAAUUUUUGCAGUAACAUACAAAUUAUUGACUCGAGCAUAGAAAUUAUUGAACUUUAAAUAUGUGUACUCUAAAUUUUAAACUGGAUAAUUAAAAUAUAUAAAAAAGUAAGUAAGCGUUUCUAUCUUUUCUUGCUGUAAAAUUAUGGGUGAACAUUUUUUAAAUACACUAAUUUCUAUGUUCAAGUUGGUCAUUUUUAUGUUACUUUAAAAUAGUCAAGUUAAUUUCAAAAUUGAUUUUUAUGAUUUUUUUGGUAUUUGCGUAGGACAAUUUCUGUUAAAGUAAAUUUUUUGAAAGGGCAUUGGAUUAAUAUUCAGAUAUUAGUUUUCAAGUAUCCUUAACAUUUUCUGUUAAAAUAAAUUCUUUGAAGGGGCAUUGGAUGGAUACUUGAAAAUUAUUGAUCUCAUAUAAAUUGUAAAAAAGAUAUGAAAUGCAUUUUGGAAUUAUUUAUGUCAAUCUGAAAUCAUUCCUGUGUCAUUAGGUAAACAUAUUGCAUUGGAUGAAAUAAAAAAAAGUUAAUAAUAUUAAACAAUUUUGCAAAUA